CCACGAACAGGUGUAUGACGCAAAACAGUCGGUCGACGCAGUUGACCGUUGACAAUCAGAAAACAGGAGGAGCGUUUACGCAUAUCACAGACUUAAAACAUAUCCACAAUACAAAUGCGCAGCGCUUCUGAAAGAGAUUCAACAUGACAUAAGGGCUUGUGAAACCUGACCUGCUCAAGUUCAUCUACUCAACUCUUCAAACUCCAGGACCAUGUCAAGUAGUUAUACUCCAGCCCCAGGGGGACCUUUUUCGGCCCUCACACCCAGCAUGUGGCCUCAGGACAUCCUAGCCAAGUACUAUCAGAAAGACCCCAGUAUGGAAUCAGAACUACUGUACGAUGAAUUUGGGUUCCGAAUCGACAGUGAAGACGGGGUGGAGACACGGAAAUGGCUAUGUGGUGAGGGAGCCCCUCAAAGAGAAGACCCUCAGCAAAGACUUCGCUGGCAAGCCCAUCUGGAGUUCACCCACAACCACACUGUUGGAGACCUGACCUGGGACAAGAUCUCCCCCAACUUGCCCCGUUCAGACCGCCUUCGGUCACUGGUUCUUGGAGGCAUACCACACAGCAUGAGACCACAGUUGUGGAUGCGUUUGUCAGGGGCCCUACAGAAAAAGAGAACAUCAGAAAUUUCCUACAGAGAAAUUGUGAAAAACAGCUCUAAUGAUGACACCACAGCAGCCAAACAGAUAGAGAAGGAUCUUUUGCGGACCAUGCCCACUAAUGCAUGUUUCAGCACUUUGACAAGUGUGGGGGUGCCCAAGCUCAGGCGGGUCCUGAGAGGGCUGGCAUGGCUGUACCCAGACAUUGGCUACUGUCAAGGCACAGGCAUGGUGGUGUCUUGCCUAUUGUUGUUCCUGGAGGAGGAGGAUGCUCUAUGGAUGAUGUGUGCUCUGAUAGAGGACCUACUGCCUCCCUCUUACUUCUCCUCCACUCUGCUGGGAGUUCAGACUGACCAACGUGUGCUCAGACAGCUAAUAGUGCAGUACCUGCCCUGCCUUGAUCAGCUACUACAGGAGCAUGACAUCGAGCUGUCUUUAAUCACACUACACUGGUUCCUCACUGCCUUCGCCAGUGUGGUGGACAUUCGUAUCUUGCUGCGAAUCUGGGACCUGCUUUUCUAUGAGAGCUCUGUGGUAUUGUUUCAGGUCACACUGGGUAUGCUGAAGUUUAAGGAAGAUGAGCUGGUGUCUUCUGAAAACUCAGCAUCGAUCUUCAACACGCUAUCAGACCUGCCCAGUCAGCUGGUGGAUGGGGCAGCAGUGCUGGGUGAGGCCAUGCGUCUGGCAGGAUCUCUGUCUCAGGAAAACCUGGAUGCUCACAGACACAAGCAUCUGGCCUACAUCCUAGCAGAGCAAGCCCAGCACAACUCCAACAACUCCCAUUCCCUCAACAACAACUUCAACAAGGUGGUGCGCAGACAAAGCCUGCACAGGAAAUCCACCCUGAGCUCGCUGCUCUUCGGGGAGGAUGAGGUUGAGGCGCUGAAGGCCAAAAACAUUAAACAGACAGAGCUGGUGGCGGCAUUGAGAGAAGCCAUCAGCCGCACUGCAGAGCACUUUCACUGCCUGGACCCCCGCAAUUGCAGCACUGAUUUGACUCCUGACUACACUAUGGAGAGUCAUCAAAGGGAUCAUGAGAACUUCCUGGUCGUAUCCCAGAAUCGUCGGAGAAGAGCCAAAGCCUUACUUGACUUUGAGCGGCAUGACGAUGACGAACUGGGUUUCCGGAAAAAUGACAUCAUCACAAUCAUCUCACAGAAAGAUGAGCACUGCUGGGUGGGAGAGCUGAACGGCCUGAGAGGCUGGUUUCCUGCUAAAUUCGUGGAAAUCUUGGAUGAGCGAAGCAAAGAGUACUCUCUGGCUGGAGAUGACACUGUAACUGAAGCAGUGAAUGAUUUGGUUAGAGGGACGUUGUGUCCUGCACUCAAGGCUAUUUUUCAGCAUGGUCUGAAGAAGCCCUCCAUACUGGGUGGGCCCUGUCACCCCUGGCUCUUCAUCGAGGAGGCAGCCAGCAGAGAAGUGGAGAGGGAUUUCAACUCUGUAUACUCCAGACUGGUGCUGUGCAAAACCUACAGGUUAGAUGAAGAUGGGAAGGUGCUCACACCUGAAGAGCUGCUUUACAGAGCAGUGCAGUCUGUCAAUAUGAGCCAUGAUGCUGCACAUGUUCAGAUGGAUGUCAAAUUCCGCUCGCUCAUCUGUGUAGGGCUAAAUGAGCAGGUGCUGCACCUGUGGCUGGAGGUACUGUGUUCUAGUAUGAGUGCAGUGGAGAAAUGGUACCAUCCCUGGUCUUUCCUGCGCAGUCCUGGCUGGGUCCAAAUAAAGUGUGAACUCAGAGUUCUCUCAAAGUUUGCCUUCAGUCUUUCCCAAGACUGUGAGCUGCCUACCAAAAAAGAGGAGAAGGAGCAGAGGCCACUGAAGGAGGGCGUUCAGGACAUGUUGGUGAAACAUCAUCUCUUCAGCUGGGAUAUCGAUGGCUAAACAAUGGCCCUCUCCUGUAGCCCGUGAGCUACAAACAUAGCCAAACCACACUUUCCUUUUCAAACCAUCUGCAGUAAACAGGGAUCAAAUGUGAAAAUUCAUGUUCAUUUCACAUACAGCUUUAGAUCACAUUAAAAUGGUGUGUUUAUGUGUCUCCAUACAAUAUUUUCAUGUUGACGUGUACCACAGAAGAGACACUGUAUAAACAACAAUCUGUACAAGAGAGUCCCAUGCUUCCAUUGCCAAGAGUUCACUCAGUAUCAAACUACGGAAAGGGCCAGUGUGGUAUGUAUGCAAGCACUUCCUUUUCCUCCUAGAAAGAUAAAUGUUGCACGAUUAUAGUGAUCAUGGGUGAAUGUUGGAUUUGCACACUUUUGUUAAAUUGCUCCAUUAACCACUGUAUGUUAAGCUAUAAAAACAUUUUUCAAGAUCAAGCUUUGCUGUAUCAAACAAUUUAACCCUUUUUUUUUUUUUUUUUAUAUAGGAUUUUCAAGUAGCGUGUUUUCUUUAUUAUAUUUUAGCGCGACUGUACAAAAACAGCCUGCGGUUACCACUCCCUCAUCUGUAACAUGAAAUUGACAUGAAAUUACAUAAAACAAAAUCAAGCCUAAUGAUGGAAGGUGAUGGAGAAAGCUAAUUAACUGUAAUCAGAUCUCUCUCUCAUGUCCCCAAGCUGAAUUCUCACUGAUGAUGUUUGUACUGCAGUCACUGAUUGAAUCUGUCUCUGUUGGGGCUGUGAAGGAUGUCAGUGAUUCAUUGUUGGUUGUUACAUAUUUUGCUAUUUCUUAUGAACUUUGUAAAGUAGAGUCCUUAGCUGUAAGCUUCAUUGCAGUCUACAUCAUUAGUCAUAAUGGGUGACAUUGAAUUGCAGGCUUUGAAACUCAGUUAGAAUUAUGUGAAAAGGCCUUCUGUUGUUCCUCUGCAAGAGCCUACUGUGGCACACGAUGGAAAGGAUCCAUUUUCUAGUUCUUGUGAUUGGUUGACAUGCAAGAACCAAACAUUCUGUAAUGUUGUAGCAUGACCAAAUCACAGAGCUUUGGUCAUAUUCACAUACACUGAUGUAUACGUAAAUAAAUCUACAUAUCUG